AUGGGUACUGUAGUAGAUGACGUUAACUCUUCUUCAACUUCCAACGGUUUUGUUCCAUUUUCCUUGGAUCCUUCACAUCCGUUCUAUAUUCAUCCCUCGGAUAAUCCUGGAAGUCAACUGGUAUCUGCUCCAUUCAGUGGUUGUGGGUUUGUGUUAUGGCGUAACAGUAUGCUCACUUCCCUUUCUGCAAAGAACAAACUCAGCCUAUUAGAUGGCAGAGUCAAUCAACCCACUCCUGAAUCUCCUUAUUACCCAUAUUGGGAAAGGAACAAUGAUAUGGUCAAAGCUUGGUUAAAUAACUCAGUAUCUAGAGAAAUAGCUGUUAGUGUAAUGUGUUUUAAAACUGCUAAGGAAGUCUGGAAAGAUAUAAAUGAAAGGUUUGGUCAGCCAAACGGGUCUAAAUACAUUCAAAUACAAAGGGAAAUCAGCUCUACUACUCAAGGCUCCUCUGAUAUAGCUUCUUACUUCACCAAAAUGAGCAAAGCCUAUAGUCUUCUACAACAAGAUGAGAGUCAAAGAGAAGCUCACUCUGCUGCUCCUAACUUCUCUGGUGAUGCCACCUCUUUCUUGGUGUCUCCUAGUGCUUCUACCACAAAUAGGACUUUCAGUCAAAAGGUGAAUUUUGAGGCCAGGAAAGCUGCUCCAAAUGUCUCUUGCAAGAAGCCUGGCCACACUGUAGACAAGUGCUACAGACUUCAUGGGGUCCCUACUGAUUUCAAGUUCACCAAGAGUAAGAAAUAUGCUUCUUGUGUUCAGACUGAAAGUCCAUCCACCACUGCUGUCACUACUACUUCUCAGCAUGCUGAUUCUUCAGCCCAUGGGUUUACCAAGGAGCAGUAUCAACACCUGUUGACCUUGUUCCAACAAGUUCAGAUGUCAAACACUUCCACACCUGAUGCCUCCAAUGUGGAUCAAUCUGCUUUUGCACACUUUGCAUGUUUGUUUAGCAAGUAUGCUGUAGAUUCUGAGGUUUCUCAUGUGUGUGCAUCCUCUCAAUUAGGUGUCAAUCCUUGGAUCUUAGAUACAGGGGUUACAAAUCACAUGACUCCACAUAAACAUGUUCUUUUUAAUGUCCAACCAUUAAUCAAGCCUUUCCUUGUCACUCUACCUAAUGAAUAUAAAGCUAAAGUUGUAUCAACUGGAUCUCUGUAUCUUAGGCAUGAUAUAAUUUUACUUCAUGUUCUUCUGGUGCCAUCUUUUCACUUCAAUUUGAUAUCAGUUCAUCAGCUUAUAUGUCAGCUAGAUUGUUCAGCACUUUUUACCAAAACAAUUUGUUCUUUACAGGGCCCUUCUCUGAAGAGGCCACUGGAAAUUGGUAAAGCUGCAGGCAGGCUAUACUACCUCCAUCCAGAUGGUGAUCUCUUUCCUGUUCCAUCUGAUUCUCUGAAUGUUUUUUCUAGUAGUUUACCUAGUUCUGUUUCAAUUGUAUCUGAUAAGUCCAGUCAUGUUGUUACACAUGUUAAUGGUACUCCUGAUUGGCACAUGCCUUAUCAUAGAAGGAAAACUAUUCCUUUCUUAUCUGAUAAAGUGUCUUCCAAACAAAGUUUCAUGUGUCCUGUUUGUCCUCUAGCAAGACAACAGAGAUUACCUUUUCCUGAGAGUGUUAUACACUCUUCUGCUCCCUUUCAACUAGUACACAUUGACAUUUGGGGUCCAUAUAACACUAGAACUUACAAUGGUUUUAGAUAUCUUUUAACUUUGGUUGAUGAUUACACUAGAGCCACAUGGACUCACCUCCUUUCUUGCAAGAGCAAUGCUCUUUCUGUCCUUAAAGCUUUUACUAUCAUGGUUAAAGUUCAUUUUAAAUCAUCUGUCCAAACUUUUAAGCCCGACAAUGCUUUUGAACUUGGUGGAAGUUCUGAAGCCACCAAAUUCUCCUCCUCCUCUUCACCUUCUCCUACUCCUGAUGUUUCCACAUCUCCAGAUUCCCCUGUUCCCUCACCUCCUUCUCCUCCUCAUAUAUCUGAUUCUUCUCCUAUUAUUCCUUCUCCUCCACCUUUGAGAAAAUCAACCAGAACAGUCCAUCAACCUUCCUAUAUCAAAGAUUAUGUCUGUUCCUCUGUCUCUUCCUCUCAUCCUCUUCCCCCCUCUUCCAAGGUCUCUUCUGUUGACAUACACAUGCAUGAGCCCCAGUUCUACCAGUAG